UCACCCUCACCAACCAACCUCUACCCAACCCAACGCCCACGCCCACGCACGACCACGCACAUCACCGCCAUCAACAACACGACACAAUGCCGCUCCUCCGACCCCCACCCGCGCUCUCGCAGCUCUCGCGGAUCUCCGUCCCCCGCCGCAACAUGUCGAGCGACCACGCACACGCCCACGAGUCGCCGUACGACCAGCCGUCCGGCUGGUUCUUGAACCAGGACCCGUCUGCGCCGGCAAAGAAGGAGGGCUGGGAAGGCAUCAUGUACUGGGGGUUCUUUGGGAGCUUGGUCGUGGCGUCCAUCGCGUACGCCUACAAGCCCGAUACCAGUAUUCAAACUUGGGCGCUGGAGGAGGCGAGGAGGAGGCUUGAGGUCGAGGGUAUCGUCCCUGACUCGACGAAGAAGAUUGCUAUCACGGAGCAGUUGAAGACUGUUAGUGGCAAGUAGGGUUCGAUAUACCUACCGCUACGGUCGGCUUUCUUGGUGGGGUUGGGUGGGGUUUCCUUUCUGCGUUGGUCGUUUUUUUGCGGGCUACCUACUGCUGCUGCUUGCUACUGUAUAGACAUUCGAAGAUGGGGAUGGUAACGGAAUGUACUUUUUUUUUUGCUUGCGAGGUGUGAUUUCGUUUCGUGGUUCGGGAAGGGGUGUAAAUGAUGUCACUUAUUUUAUUUUACGAAAUCUCGGGUACGUUUCCGAUGUCAGUUCGGCAGAGGGACC